CAGAAGGUUCAGUCCUGCUGUACAAGACUAACAAUAACACCGUGAUCAGGUUUGUUAUUCUUAUUCAGGAAACAGCAAUGUCACUGAAUUCCACAGUCACUCAUAUACUUGUGUUAAUCUUUCCAUCCGGCCACAGAGUUCAGUUUAAACUUCAUCUUUAAGUGGGACAAGGCUACAGUGUUAUAAAAACCUCUAGCAUCAAGGUUCAUGAGCACAUAGCUGUCUGAAAUAGGGCCGCCACUCUUCGGCAAUCCUCCCCGUAACUGUCUCAUUGUCCCAUAAUGCAUGAGGUGUUAUACUAUAUCAUUAAUGGUGCAUUACAACAUAUCUGCCAUGCACUAGAGUUUCAAAACUGCCCGUGGUCCAAACAGAGCAACUCACAGAGGACAGGAAAGGUCGUUCUGUGUUGCCGUGUGUUUAAUCUCCUGCUAUAACCAAGGGUGGGCAAGUGCUGUGAAAGGGGGUGCAGAGGGAAAGUACAACUGUAGGGGGUGAACUAUGCAGGACUUGAAAUAGACCACUGAAGUUGGCAGUCAACGUUAGGACUUCAGGGGGUACAGGGAGAGGGGUAUGGGCUGAACAUGACAAAGUUUGGAGGUUUAGCAGCUAUCUUAAGGUGGUGCAUCGUUGCAGGACUACUUCCCCAUUUCAUGCUAGAGAAGAAGCCAUUUUGAGGCAUCUUUAUAAGAAAAAGACGAUUCUGAGAAAUGAAGGCCUUUUGGAAAAAUUUGGGAAGUUCCUAUGUUCUCAGCAAGGUUUUAAUAGAAAAGAGCUUGUGCUGGAAGAAAUUAUUUUGGGCAGGAGUAGCCAUCUGGUUGGGUUUUUAAAGGAUUUUACAAGAGAAAAACACGAGCCAUGUCCAGGAAGGAGCUACUCGAUGCACGAAAAGCUUUGAGGAGCUUUAGGGAAGGUGUGAGUGGGCCGAGAAGCAAGAAACAAAGAGACUCUGAGACCACAGAGGAUGAGACCACAGAACCUCAGAUGGAAACCAAAGAAGGGCCCGGGAGGCACCAUGAUAAGGCUGGCCGGAAAGGACCUUCAGGUGAGGGAGGAAGGGUGAUGGACUACAAUCCCGAUGCUUCAGAUCGCAGGGCCACCCUCCCCGGCACCUAUGACCCUGUAGUGGAGCGAGAGCUCCGCACUCUGGGUUCCCGACCUCCAGGGCCCCAUUUGGAUCCCACAAACCCAGCAAGGCUUCAAACUGCUGAUGAAUCACAGGGCCUGUCCUCCUAUGUCCCCCUGUCUUCCCCCCAGCCACCUCUUACCACGCACAAAAACAGCAUCAGCACACAAAAACAACACUCGGGCAAAGUCAAACCUUCAGGUCCUCAAACUUCUAAUACGGGCCAGUCAUCUGGCACCAACAGUGCAGUUAUGACGCCCAAACUGGCUCGUGCAGGACCCAAGAUCUUUGACAAGGUCCUUGCCUUUGAGGAGCGAAGGGUGGAUCUGCCACGAGGGGCAGCUUCCUUUGAAUCAGAUGAGAGUGGAAAGAAGACAGGAGGCCCGAGCAAAGAUGAGAGUCGAAUACUGCAGGGUGCAGCCCAGAAGAGAGCGGUAUUCAAGCAGAGGGCCUCUUCAUUAGAGGACAAGACAAACUACUCCCAGAGGAUCCAGAAUUACCAGAGCAAGUUCACAGAAGAGCUCCAGCGGAUCAAGAAGCUUGUGGGGAAACCAAGCUUGAAGAAGGCAUAUUCAACUGAGCAGCUGUCACAGAAAGACAGGCUGCACAUGGGGAAACUAGAACCCAUUCCUGCCCAAGUAGUUAAAAAGUUAGAGGCGAGGGAGCGAGCCCUAGAGGAAGGAAAAGUUGGGGAGAGGGAGGGGGGCAGCAUAUGGAAGAAUUCUCAGCAGGCCCAAGGCAAAGACCCGGGGAAUCAGAGCAGCAGCUCCGAAAAGGAAAAGAUGACACAGUCAGAUUUGCACGGGAAACCAGUAGAUAGCGCAAGGAAAAUCUCUGUUACCACGGCAACGCCACCAGUUCACCAGUUACCAGGACAACCGUUGCCAAUAGCUACAAAGACGAGCCUAAUCAGGGAAACCCUACAAAGCUCUCUGGCAGCUGACAAAGACACACUUGUUAACACAUCCCACAAAUCUUCAUCCUCCUCCAGAGUUGAUUCAAAGAGAGACACCAACAUGGACAAGGCGGACCACCGAUCACCAGGCCCAACAGGGAAGAGAGCAUCCCCAGUAACUGUAAGGGAACCAGGACCCCAGUUCCCACCCAAGCCUCCUCGGCUCACCCCAUCACCCAAUCCUUCCAUCAGCCCGCUCCUAAAACGAAGGAAGGCGGAGGUGGGGCGGACAUCUCCGGCCAUGAAAGUGAACAUCCCCACCAUCCUGGUGGAGGAUGAACCCAUGGAGACAGAAAGUGUUCCACACAGGAGCAACGAGGGAAGGAAGAGGGAGGGCAGAGUACACAAGAGCAAAAAAGGCCGUUCUGCUCAACGGAAGUCUGCAGACGAAGGCGGUUCUUCCGAUGACUCUUACCUGUCUGCUGAUGAUGAGCCAGCUGAGGCCCCGAGGUUUGAGAAGCCUCUUGAGGACACCACCGCACCCAGCGCCUCUGAGGUCACACUGCAAUGCAUCAUCACUGGCAGCCCAACCCCUACUGAGCCGACCCACACGCAAUGUGGGAAAUCUGCUGUAUCUCUGGAAAUCAGCAGUCCAAUCCAGUCAGAUGAGGAGUACCUGAGUCCUCAGGAGGAGGUGAUGGAGGUCGGAGGCUCACUUCCUCACCAUUUAAAAGAGCCUCCCUCAUUUCAGGUGGCACCAUGUGACCAGGCGGUAACCGAGGGUCAAGAUGUUGUCAUGUCAGUGAAAGCCAGAGGCCAGCCCAAACCCAUGGUUUACUGGCUGAAGGACAGAGUCUCGGUGAAGACAGCAGGGCACUUCACUGUGCGAGAGAUGGAAGAUGGCACCAGUGAAAUGAGGAUCGGCUCGGCUCAGAGGUCAGAUGCAGGGCUGUAUGCUUGCAGGAUCAUCAAUGAGUAUGGAAGCAAACAGGCAGAGUGCAGACUGGAGGUCAGAGCACAAACGGCGUUGACGAUCACCAGGGAGGUAAAAGACGCAGCAGUGAGGGCUGGAGAAUCAGCCGUGUUUGAGUGUCACAUCACGGGACCUCCAGAUGUGGACGUGGACUGGUUGUCCAGGGGGAAGCUGAUCCAGCCUGCACUGCUCAACUGUAAGAUGCACUUUGACGGAAAGAGGUGCCGUCUCAUGCUAAAUUCAGUACAUGAAGACGACAGUGGGACAUAUACUUGCAAGCUGAGCACUGCCAAAGAGGAGCUGACCUCGAGUGCAAAACUGAUCGUCACGCCAUCCAAGGAGCCUCUGUUCACACGAAAGUUGGACAUCCUGGAGGUCAUCGAAGGACGCACGGCACGGUUUGACUGUAAGGUGAGCGGAUCGCCUGCUCCGAGAGUCACAUGGAUGCAUUUUGAGUCACGAGUGGAGGAGAGUGAUAACAUUCGCAUCCUUCAAGAGGGGGGUCGUCACUCGCUUGUCAUCACCCACGUUGGCAGUGACACAGAAGGAUUUUACACAGCAGUUGCUCAAAACAUUCACGGAAAGUCUGAAUGCACUGCUGAGCUGUACGUGCAAGAACCCCGAGCUGCCGUCUCCUCUCACAUGUCCAAGUUGGAGAAGAUGCCGUCCAUCCCAGAGGAACCUGAAGUGUUCGACAACGAGGUGGAGAAGAGGACCAUGCCGGACUUUGUGCAGCCUCUGGCUGAUGUGGAAGUCAUUGAAGGGAAGGAGGCGGUGCUGAAAUGCAAGGUGGCGGGCCUGCCAUACCCAACUAUUGCCUGGUAUCACAACAGCAGGCGCAUUGAGAACAGCGAGGAGCGCAAAAUGACUCAGUACAGGGAUGUCCACAGUCUGAUCAUUCGGGGCGCUUGUCAUGCUCACGGAGGUGUUUACAAGGCUGUCAUCUCCAACAAAGUGGGCAAAGCAGCCUGCUAUGCUCAUCUGUAUGUUACAGAUAUUGUUCCUGAUCCUCCUGAUGGGCCUCCGGUGAUUGAGGCCAUUACAGGAAAAACUAUAACCCUCAGCUGGAAGACACCAAAGAGACUCGACCCUUCACUUGAUGCCGGCUCCUUGGUGUAUGUGGUCCAGCAGCAGCCUCUGGGCUCCAUCCAGUGGUCUGUUGUGGCAUCAAACCUGAGGGAGACAAACUACACCGUCACCUCGCUGUCAAAGGGAGUCCGCUAUGCUUUCAGAGUCCUAGCAUCCACUGGGAAAACGCUUAGCAAGCCAUCGCCUGCCACUGAUCUAGUCCAGCUGCUGGACAGAGGACCGUACUUGAGGAAAGCGCCGAUAAUUUUAGACAAGCCAGAAGUUGUGUACGUGGUUGAGAACCAGCCUGCCAACAUCACCAUCACGCUGAACCAUGUGCAUGCAGCUGUCACCUGGAAAAAGAGGGGCGUGGUGCUGGUCAGUAAGCCGGGGAUGUGCGAGAUGAGCAUGCCGGACGAUGAUCAACACACCCUGAAGCUGCAGAGGGUCAGGAGCACGGACAUCGGUCAGCUGGUGGUCACGGCCAGAAACCAGUUUGGCAGCGACCUGUGCACACUUCAGCUGGCCAUGGCAGUGCCUCCCAAAUUUGAGACCAUAAUGGAGGACGUAGAUGUGCAAGUCGGGGAAACAUGUCAUCUGGCUGUUGUGGUCGAAGGAAAGCCAGAUCCGGAUAUUCUGUGGUUUAAGGAUGAUGCGCUCCUCUCGGAGAGCAGCCACUUCACAUUUGUUUACGACGACCCAGAGUAUUCACUUGUCGUCCUCAACGCUCAGCCCCAUCACUCCGGCGUGUACACCUGCACUGCCAAGAACCUGGCCGGGUCCAACUCCUGCAAGGCCGAGCUCACAGUUCAUACAGAGCGAAAAGAAGCAGAAGAGCCAAUGGAGGAUGAGGGAACCAUUCUGAGGAAGAUGAGGCGUUUGACAGAUUACUAUGACAUCCACAAAGCGAUAGGGAGGGGGGCCUACUCCUAUGUGAAGAGAGUAACUCGCAAGAACGGAAAGACCGAGUUUGCUGCCAAAUUCAUUUCUGCUCGCGGAAAUAGGAAAGCCUUGGCUCUCAGAGAGAUGGAGCUUCUGUCUGAGCUGGAUAACGAGAGGAUUCUCUACUUCCAUGAUGCCUUUGAGAAGAAGAACGUGGUGGUGCUUAUCACAGAUUUAUGUCACGAGGAGUUGCUGGAAAGAAUGGCCAAGAAAACAACAGUCAUGGAACUGCAGAUCCGCAGCAGUGUUCAGCAGGUUUUGGAGGGUCUUCGCUAUCUCCACCAAAAAAAUAUAGCUCACCUCGACAUAAAGCCAGAAAAUAUUUUGAUGGCAAGUCCAGGGAGUGAUCAGAUCCGCAUUUGCGACUUCGGGAAUGCCAUUAAAUUGGAGACUUCAGAGGAGCACUACUGCAAAUACGGCACACCAGAAUAUGUCGCUCCAGAGAUUGUUAACCAAACUCCAGUUUCCACAGCAACAGACAUAUGGCCUGUUGGUGUCAUCACUUACCUCUGCCUGACCGGCGUGUCACCUUUUGCGGGCGAGAAUGACAAAGCCACUGCUUUAAACAUCAGGAACUACAAUGUGGCGUUUGAGGAGAGCAUGUUUUCUGACCUCUGCAAAGAAGCAAAAGGAUUUGUCAUCAAGCUUUUGGUGGUGGACAGACUGAGGGCAAGUGCCAUCGAGUGCCUUCGUCAUCCUUGGUUCAAGUCACCAACAAACAAAAGCAUCAGCACAGCUAUGCUAAAACAAGUUUUGGCUCGAAGGCGAUGGCAGCGUUCCCUCAUCAGCUAUAAAUCCAAAAUGGUGAUGCAGUCCAUCCCUGAGCUCCUAGAUGACUCAAGCAGCCAUGUCUUCAUUGCUGUGGCCCGGCAUUUAAAAGAAGGCUCCCCGCCACCCUCCUCUUCGUCUGAUUCAGAUGCAGAUGUGGAUGAGCUUCCCUUUAUUCCUAUGCCACUGUCCAUGGUUUUCUCGGGUUCCAGGGUCUCCCUCAAUGAGAUCCCAGGGGAUGAAGAUGUCACGGGACGGCACGGUUUCAUUGCAGAUGGGACAAGGAAAAAGGAAAGCAUAGGUGCAAAUAAUAGAGGAGGGGCUACUAAAUGCAUAAAAGAUGAAGACAUAACCCCAAAUGAGGCGCAAACAGAAAAUAUAAAACGAGCUCCCUUGAAAAAAGGAUCAAGUGUGGAGUCAGAUGAAUCCCAGACAAAAGCCAGGCGGUCUACAAUGAGGAGGGGGAGUUCUGCCGAUUCAGCGCUGCUUCUCCACAUUGACCCAGAAGAAGAAAGUACAGAAAAGGAAUCAGAAGAAAGAAACAAGAGUUUGAAAAAGGCUGUUUCCAUGGAACUACCCAAUCGCAGUCCAAGCCCUGGGGCUACAAAGUUAAGCCAGGAGGAUUACGCCCUAAAACUGGAACUGAUGAGACAACGGCUGCUCAGGGGAGGAAACGUGGACAAAAAUAUGAGUGGCCUUCGAGGGCCCCUUUUUGAAACACUCGGCAUUGAAGAUGAGAGGCAAACAGGAUCCCUUGAUCGGAAUUUGAGGAGAUCAAGAACUGGGCCGUCAACACUCGUCAGAGCAGCUUCCUCUGAGAGUCCAGGAGAAGACACGCCAAAGACUAAAGUUUUUCGCAAAAGUACCUCUUUCACUCAGGGGGAUUCUGAGCCCAUGCCCCUGCACAGAAGGUUUGGAGCCCCCUUAGAGAUACCAUCUGUGGGUAGUUCUAGCAUAGUAGGGAAGAAGCUCCAGGAGGCAACCUCGAUGUCUGCACUAACAGAAGACACAAAAGCGGAGUCUGCCUCAACCACAGCACAGGGAAGACCAGACCAACAGGAAAAACAUAUGAGCGAACUUGGUGAGGAAGAAGGGAUGAAAGAAAAAAGGACCAAGUCCCAAAUAGAAGGGGCAGACAAAGAAGAAUGUGAUUAUGCGUAUCCUUCUGUUAUUACUCCUAUAAUAAUAAUAGAGGAGGAGGAGGAUGAAGAAGAGAGGAAAGAAAACCAGGCAUUACAUAUCAGCAAGCAGAAAGUGAAAGACAAGGAAAUGUCACAGAGUAGUGAAGAAGCAUCAUUUGCAGGGCAGUCUCAAACAUCUGACAAACCCCAAUCCAAGGAUCCUUCUACUAUAGCCAAAACAAAGUCUGCAGAUGCAUCUUCAUCCCCGGAACAUCCAGCAGUAUUUGCCAAAGUAGCAACACCUGAGCGAUCUCCAGGUUCUGUCUCUUCUUCAUCAAACCCAGACCUUCCUUCCAUCCCUCGCCAGCUUAUUCUCAGAACAGACAUCAAAGACAUUGACUCAGAGGAGCUCUUUGAAGCGAGGUUUAAAAAGCGAGAAUCGUCUUUGACCCGUGGCCUCAAAAAACUCACCAGAAACAAAUCAGAGGAGAAAUCGCCUGUAUUAAGUAGAAAAGCAAAUGAGGGGGCUGAAGAGAUUUAUAGGCCUGCACCAAGAGGGGCGCCUCUAGAAAUGGUAUCGUCAGGACUUAAGGAGAAAUCGAAAUCUGUUCAAGAUUUAAGAAGAGAUGACCAAGAAACAGGCCUUGGUUUAAUUGGAAGGUUUUCCUUGCGGGCCAAGAGGUCACCAUCCACUGAGAAGAAGGUUCAGAAAUCACAAGAAGAUAAGCAAUCCAAUGUGCAGGAAACGGCUAAAAGCAAGAGAGUGUCUUGGGCUGUUGGUCGCAGUAAGUCUUUGGAUACAAAGGAACUGAAUGGUGGAGGGACACAGAAGAAUGUGGAUGACAGGGAGCAAGGAAAAGCUGAGGAGUCGUCUGUAUCUGCCAUGAGGCGUAAGUUUGAGUCCAAAGUGGCAGGAAUCUCUGCCAAACUAAGGACUCAGUCAGAGGAGAGGAACAAUAAAGACACAGAGAAAGAGCUGGCUCAAGGGGAUUUACACAAGGUCACAGACUCUCCUGUCCUGGCAAUGAAACAGAGGUUUGAGAACAAAGUGGCAGGAAUAUCUGCAAAAAUACGCAGUCAGUCUGAAGAGAGAAAAGGAGAUUCAGAGGGAAAGCGCACACCCCUGUUUACCCGCCACCGUCACUCUCAGUCUGAGGGCCGUGGACUCAAAGGAAUGGGAAUCCCUGAGAAUCAGCUAGCAAAACAAACUGGCGCCUCAGGGUCUAAGGAAUCAGUUGAAUCCACUUCUAGCAUCCAUUCUGAGAGUGAGAGAAGGUCACGGUGGGACAGGUGGGGUUUGACAAGGGGCAAGAAAGACAAAACGCCUUCCCAAUCUGAUUUGCCCUCAAGCGUCCCCAAAGAAGAGGCAAAAAGCCAACAGUUUGUCCGCUCUGCUUCAGAUUUUGCUCCAGUGUUUCACAUCAAAUUGAAAGACCACGUCCUGCUGGAGGGGGAACCUGUCACUCUUAGCUGCCUUCCAGCUGGUAGCCCACAACCACAAAUUACAUGGAUGAAAGAUCGGAAACCACUGGAGGUGGAUGACAGAGUCAACCUAAUCUCCCACCCAGAUGGAAGACAGCUUGUAAUGAUCAGAAAGUCCACCUAUAAGGACGCCGGGGUUUACGAAUGUGUAGCAUCCAACCCCAUAGCUACUAUUACUACCUCCUGUACUCUUUCCAUAGCUUGUGUCCCCAAACGACCAGGGACCCCUGAAGUUCCUCAGACUUAUAACAACACAGCCCUGGUGCUGUGGAAGCCAUCUGAGACAAAAUCUCCAUGCAGCUACAUUCUGGAAAGAAAAACCGAGGGUGAUUCGAACUGGUUAACUGUAGCCACUGGAAUUGCCGACUGCUACUACAAUGUCACAGACCUGCCACCAGGUGGCACCUUCAAGUUCCGCGUGGCCUGUGUGAACAAGGCCGGACAGGGGCCGUACAGCAACUGUUGUAGGCCAGUUAGCUUGGCGCCCACAGUUGGAGGAGCUUCACCUACCGUUGCUGUUGUAAAGACAGCCCCAACCCCACCUACGCCUGUGAUUACCUCCUCAGUGACAUUCCCUUCACACAAACCAGUCCAAAAUAGUGUUCCCAGAUCAACGGUCUCCACCAUCACCUCCACUUCCUCUACUCCAAAACAUGAAGCCCUCACUGAUGCAUCCUAUCUUCAAUCUGCAUCUCCAUCAUCUACAAUUGUGGUGACUCCUAUCCCUCUAACCUCCUCACCUUCCGGCCCUUCAACAAACCCUUCAUUGCCAUCUGCAGGUGCAACAGUGGAUGGCACACAAAAAAUAAGCCCCACUCUCCCUUCAUCAUCCACCUCCAAAGCAACCUCUCCCUUUGUCCUCCCCAAACCUCAGAGUCCAGUAAAUGUGGUGACUCCUAUGACACAGACUGCAGCUGUAUUACCCCCACCUUCUGUUGUAACCCCACCUUCGACCCCCACAAAACCAACCGUGGCCUCAGUACCCACAUAUGUCCCCACGAUCACUGCUACUGCUCGUGUGGCCCCGACUCCGGUGUCCUUUACCCCACAAGUACUACAGACCUCCAGCUUGAGUCCCAUCGGUGAUGGAGCCAGUACCCCCGCCAGAGGCACCCCAUCGGGACGCACUACACCCUCUACUGCUCUACGACAGGGAGUUCCACAGAAACCGUACACUUUCCUAGAUGAGAAAGCGAGGGGUCGGUUUGGAGUCGUCCGAGAGUGCAGAGAGAAUGCGACAGGUAAAAUCUACAUGGCAAAGAUCAUUCCCUACAUUCAAGAGAACAAGCAGGAGAUCCUGAAGGAGUAUGAAAUCCUGAAAUCUCUUCACAAUGAAAAAGUCAUGGGUCUCCACGAAGCCUACAUCACACCACGCUACCUGGUGCUGGUGGCAGAGUACUGCACUGGCAAAGAGCUGCUAUACAGCCUUAUAGACAGGUUUCGUUACUCUGAAGACGAUGUGGUGGGAUACCUGGUCCAGAUUGUCCAGGGGGUCGAGUACCUCCACAACCGUCGCAUCCUCCAUCUGGACCUCAAGCCUGACAACAUCAUGGUGACCAACCUCAACGCCAUCAAGAUUGUGGACUUUGGGAGCGCGCAGACCUUCAACCCCCUCAGCCUCAAGCAGCAGGAAUCAGGACCAGGAACGCUGGAGUACAUGGCUCCUGAGAUGGUGAAAGGCGAAGUGGUUGGUCCUCCUGCAGAUAUUUGGACUGUUGGCAUUGUCACCUACAUUAUGCUUAGUGGUCACCUCCCCUUUGAAGAUAAGGACCUUCAGCAUGUUGAAUCCAAAAUCCUGAUGGCCAAGUUUGACCCAACGAAACUGUACCCAAAUGUGUCUCAAAGUGCCUCUGCAUUUCUCAAGAAGAUGUUGAGCAGUUACCCAUGGGCCCGCCCGACUACAAAAGAUUGCUUCACACAUGCCUGGCUGCAGGACUCCUACCUGAUGAAGCUCAGGAGACAGACUCUCACCUUCGCCUCCAGCCGACUUAAAGAGUUCCUGGUGGAACAACAAAGCCGUCGCACAGAGGAAGCCACCAAGCACAAAGUGCUGUUGCGGACCUACCAGAGCUCCCCUCAGUCCCCGGCAUCUGGGACUUCUCCGCAUGUUCCUAGCCCAAAGUGAGGUGACAGUAAAGAAGCCACACUGAAAUAAAAAAUCGGAGCUCGUUGCAUCUUAAUACGUCCUCUGUAACCGAAGCAGACAGCCUCGAUUCAACAACAGCGGGAUUCUUACGUUAAAGAAAAUCCCAGUGAAGGAGAAGCUGACCGCUGUGAUGUGAAUCCACGACUUGCAAACUGCUAAUUCACAAGAAGGACACAGGAUUUCUUUUCUUUGAUUGCACAGUUUCUCAGUCACAUUGUGGUUUUCCGAAAUUGCACAUCAAUAUUCAGUUUAGCCUCGGUCUCCACUCUGCACGAUCAGCCUGGAACAUGUGUACCAUGAAUACUUUUACCUUGUUUAUGCCACUAAGAUUAGUAGUAGUAAACAACUCAUGUGAAUGUACCAUGAUUUAAGCUGCUAUCUUAUGUAUUUUUUGCAUUUAGCCACACAUUUUAAAACCCAACCAAAAAGAUGUUUUGGGUUUGGUUUUCUUUUCUUUUUUUUUUUUGUCAUUUGGAAAUUGUUUACUUUUUUCCAUGUUAAUUUAUUUGCAUGUGCGUAUGUGUGAGUGUGUGCGCGCCUGUGUGAGUGUGUGCAUGACCAUUUUUGACUCACUUUUUUUGAAACUAGCAUCAUGGUGACAAAAAAAAAGGAAAAAAGAAAAACUAAAAAUAAGGGGUGUCUUUGUGGUUUGUGUCAUACAGUAAACAUGAAUUGAUUUUGGGUGAGUUAGGAAUAUCUAGUACAAUUUCUUGUUCUGUGGUUAAAACUUAACUUUUAACUGUAAUACAGCGAUGGAAAAAGGUCCUUAAUGUAGAUAACAUUUUAUUCUGAGAAGUCACACACUGGUAAAUUACUGUGGUGUCAGUAUUACCCAACGGCUGAUCAGGUUACCUCAUUCCUAAUCAGCCUGUCACCAGUGCCUAAAUCAGGUUGACAUCCAAAAUGUUUAACUUGUAUAUGUGUCUCCACUGGUUUUAAUCCACAUUUGAUCAAAGUAAAUAUUUGAUCACAAUAUCUGGACUUUAUAGCCAAACGCACAUGCAUAGAGAUUCUUACAUGCCGAGGUUUAUACAUGCAUACAUACACAGAGUACAUGCCGUCCUUGUAAUAAUAGACCGUCUUGUGUAUUGCUCUAUCACAGUGUUCCUUUUUUGUAUGAAUUUGGAUGGUUGAAGAUUUGUAAAUGUACCAAUUUGCGGUGUUUAUAUGUGGAAAAAGUUGAAAAUGUUUUUAUGAGAUGGUAUGUAAUAAACUAUUGAUACAAUUGGGAA